AUGGAUUCUCAACUCAAGUCCCAUGUGGCGGCCCGUCAUAUCCAGAAUCUGAGCGAUGCCACCACCAUAGAACCUCACUGGGGCUACGUGGAUCGAGCCCUCCCGUGUACGAACGACGCCGGGUCCUGCGCCUACCUUGAUGUUGUCUACCACUCUCACGAUUUGGGCAUGCUAUAUGUCGGUAUUAUGUGGGCAGUUAUUUGCGCCAUCUUGUUAAUAUGGGCCAUUGGUCGACGAGCACUACCGUCUCUCUCUGAGGAGGACGUCCUUCGAGCUGCUCUUCUCGAGGAUACUCGUGCAAGCAAGAGCUUCCUCAACCGCCUCCGCCAGACGACCUCAUCCGCAAUCAACCGAUACCUCCUCCCCGACAGCGUCCGUUCCAUCUUCGGUAGGACUACCCGCCUGCAGGUGUUGAUCUUGGCGGUAUUUUCCGGUUAUCUCUUGAUCUUCUCCUUUGUCGGCAUUGUCUACAACACCUGGAUCACCCCCGUCAAGAAGAUGCCAGGCGUCUACAACACCAGAGUCAGUCUCGGCCCCUGGUCUGAUCGUAUUGGGAUACUUGCCUAUGCUCUCACGCCUCUGUCCGUCCUCUUCUCGACACGGGAGUCGAUUCUCUCCCUUCUUACUGGCGUCCCCUACCAAAACUUUAACUUUCUUCACCGCUGGGUUGGUUACAUCAUCGUUGUCCAGUCCAGUCUGCACACGAUCGGCUGGCUGGUGAUCGAGGUCCGUCUCUAUCAGCCUCAGCCCACGGUUGCCAACGAAUGGAUAUCCCAGCUUUACAUGAUUUGGGGCUGCAUCGCCUUAUUCUUCCUCAUGGCCCUCUAUAUCCUCAGCUUGCCCCCGGUCAUCCGUCUGACUGGCUACGAAUUCUUCCGCAAGUCACACUACGUGCUCGCCAUGUUGUACGUAGGUGCUUGCAUCGGUCACUGGAAGAGCCUGGAGUGUUUCAUGAUUCCGGCUCUCGUUAUCUGGUUCAUGGACCGCUUUGCCCGUGGUGUCAGAACUGCGUUGAUGCAUCACAAUUUCAUCGAGGGCAAGGGUAUGGGCUUCUCUGCUGCACAGGCGGUCAUGACCGUAUUUCCCGAUCCCGAGAAUGGCGACGUUGUCCGACUCGACUUCAGCCACCCCCACGAUGCCUGGAAGAUUGGCCAGCACUUUUACCUGUGUUUCAGCGAGAGCAGCAUCUGGCAAUCACAUCCCUUCACGCCACUCAACGCCCCUACUACUGUGAACGGGAAAACGAAACAUUCCUACAUUUUCCGCGCCAAAGGUGGCGAGACGAAGAAGGUUGCUCAGAUUGCUGCGCGCAAGCUCGCUGCCGGUCCUGUUGAGAAGGGUACCGCCGGUCCAACCACUCCCGUUGUCUUGACUGGACCUUAUGGCGACCCGAUUCUGAGAAACAUCACGUCAGACGUCAACAUUCUGUGUGUCGCUGGUGGCACUGGUAUCACAUAUGUUCUCCCCGUUUUGAUGAGUCUGAAGAAGCACUCCGGGGCAUCCAGAAAGGUUGAACUCGUCUGGAUUGUGAGACGUACAAACGACGUAGCUUGGGUGCAAUCCGAGCUUGAUGCUUUGGGAGCUGAGCAAGGCCCAAAUGUGGUGGUUCGCAUCUUUGCCACACGCGACUCCGGCAAUGCCCUCACUCGCUCCGGACAGUCCGGAGACCUCUCAGAGUCGGAGUCUUCGUCUGAUGCUGGCAACAGCUCGGGUGAGAAGCAGGUACAGGUGUCGGCUCGGGCGAUAGACCAGGUGCGUGUCAACGACACCCGCCGCCAUCCCGAGCUGGCGACAGUUGUCCGAGAAUUUGUCGAUGCCACCGUGGCUGGGCGAACGGCGGUCUUCGCCAGUGGCCCUGGCGGUUUGAUGUCCGACAUGCGACAGGCGGUGGCCCAGUGUAACUCGGUGGGCAAGGUCUGGAACGGCGAAGAGCGGUAUAAUGUGUCACUCAUCCAUGACGAGCGUAUGGAGCGAUGA